AUGGAAUUCCAAGUACGAGUACGUUCGGCUCGUUUAGCCGCAGCCCCGGCGAAAGAAGCUCCCGUUGCUGUCAAGAAGACGGUAAUCAAGAAGGCUGCGCCCAAGAAAGACACCAAGAAAAGCGAUCAUCCCAAGGUCGUCGAUGAGAAGGAUCACCCUGCGGAAUCUCCCGCCGCUCCCGCUACUCCGGCUGCCGAAGACACUGGCGAUGAGAAGAAGACCGGGACCGACGAUCAAAAGAAGACUACACGGGCCAACACCAUUGUCAAGGCUGUGGGGGACAAGGCCAAGAUCUCAAUCAAUGCCGAAAAACCUGGCAAGGGGAAUUUCGUCGUUCGCGUCAGUGGGCAAGAUGCUCCAUUGGUGGAACUUUUGGGUCUAAAGCGCCCAUUCCCACCGUUGAAGGCUUUGGAUAUGGAGGAAGUAUGUGAGAAAGUGCUCCAAGCGAUUGAGGCAUAA